CAGAGCUCGCACAGGAACGCCAUACCCUGGACACUAUCUAUGAACGAACGGAUGGGCGUACUGUACAGCACAGCGUGCCAGGACGAGCGCCAAAAAUAAAAACACCGCCGCGUAAGCCUCACGCAUGUCCCGUCCCCUUUGUCCCUCUUUAGGUCUUUGCCUAAAAUCUUGCAUUACCGAGCACAGGACUGCACUUUGCUGCCUUGUUUAUGUCUCUCUCUUAUGUUCAGCUAAAAGCUAACUCUGAGGCGGCAUCGCUUGGGUGGUGGUGGCCUCUUCAUAAAAACGCUGUGCGGGGCUGAAAAUCUGCCAAGAACGUGCUAGACGCUGGUUCAUUGAUAGCAAUUAGAUGCUGUAUCGUCACCUCGUGUCCAACAUAUAAAGGUGACCGCACAUCCUAUUGAUCGCACCAGUUUAGAAGCAACUUUUCCCGUCAUGGCGCAGAGUCCUCCGAAGCAUGCUCCUAUACAGGGAGACAUCAAGGGUUGGCAGAAACUCGCACGCGACAGCGCUCAAGGCGCCAUGUACGACUCCAACGAACGCCAACCGCACUCAAAGUGUCUCUCAGGGACCAGAGUCAGCCUUCUGCAAUCGCUCAGGACGCUUGCUGAAGAUCCGAGCCGCAAGAUCGUCUGGAUGGCUGGAGAGGCCGGUUCGGGGAAGACAACGAUUGCGCACACGUUUGCGGAUGAGCUUCGUGUGGAGGGGAAGCUCGCAGGCACGUUUUUCUUCUCCAGAAGACAUGCUAAGCGAAGCACCUUCGACCACGUCUUCCUCACCAUUGCCUAUCAGCUUGGCUUGCAGCACCCCCGUGUUCACGAGAUCAUCAUGAAAGCCAUCGCCGACGACCCCGCGUUGCUCGCCCAAGAAAGAUCCCGCUUAGAUCAAUUCGAGAAACUGAUCAUCGAACCUUUGAAGCACCUAGGACAGAUACGGAGAGGGGAGCCUGGCAUGUCGCUCAUCUUGGAUGCCCUUGACGAA